CCCACCCGUCCAUCUCCCUCUCCCCUAUUUACUGCUCCGCCCAAGAGCUUCGUCCUCCUCCCUCCUCCCUCCUCCCUCGAACCCUCUCCCCACGCGCAGAGUCGGAUUUUUUGAAGGGGGCUUAUUGCGUUUGCGAAGACCGCGAAUUUCGCCGCGAAUUAGAUGGACUUGUAGGCUCUACCUACGACGGCGUAAGUGCUUAUGAGACUUUAACAUCGGGGGCGAGAUGAGUAGAACGAACAGGAGUGCGAAUGCUGCUCAGAGAAGUUCUAACGAAGGAACAUCAGCCCGCACGAGGCCUUUUAGCUUUGAGGAGAUCAUGCUACGGCGGGAGAAGAAACUGAGAGCCGCUACCAAUGAAAGAGACAUUGAGCCGAAGAAACCGUCGAGAAACGGUGACCGAGAUAAAGGUAAUUCUAGUAAUUUAAAGCCCUUGACGGGUGAACAGCGUAUGCCCAAGGCGAGGAAUGAAGAUGCUAAGUUCAAAAUGCGUGAAGAUAGUCUAAAGGGUAAGAGGAAAGGUGUGCCUCGUUCUGAAGUGCACUUUAAAGGCGAAUCCGGCUAUACCAAGGCCACUAGGGACAAGGAAAGCAAGAAUGGGAAGUUCAUGGAGUUGAGAAAUGAUGAAAGAGAAUCCCGAAAGAAACAGAGAAGAGAGACAGCUGAGAGUGAAAACAGAAGGAUGGAGAGAGAUGGGAAGUCUACAAAAGAGGCAAAUAGAAAGACAUAUGACCAUGACGACAAGAGGUAUAGGUCCCAGAUUGAUAUGUCGAUUCCGAAGAAGCACGGUUCUGGGAAAUCACGUGAUUCGGACUAUAUGGAAAGAAAUGAUCGAAGGAAAGAGCAUUCGAAACCCCACUAUGAGGAGCUGAGGUCAAAUAAGAGACGGUCGGUUUCAUUGUCGCCGAGGGCGCAACAUAAAGGUUCCUACCAUGUGCGUGGUAACGAUGAGUCAGCAUUUCAUUCUUCCAGGGAGAAAUUGAGACGGAAAUAUUCUGAGGGUGAUAGUUACAGGACUUCUAAGAAUGGCGAGUAUGCGAGUGGGCAUCAUCGGAAACAUGAGAGCGGCUUAGGUGGGUACUCUCCGAGGAAAAGAAAAACUGAAGCGACUAUUACGGCUCCAUCCCCAACUGCUCGUUCUCCAAAGAAAAAGGCUGCCAAGUGGGAUCAGCUUCCUGCAGAAGCCGCCCAGCCAAAUUUUGGGACUGUGGCUUCUGCAUUCCCAUUGGCUGCUGAUAAACCGCUUGUGACGAGCAGUUCUAUUCAAGUCGCACCGGCUACAACAAAACCAGAGACUGCACCUUCGCCUGUUGAGGCUAUGUUAAAAAAGGCUUCUGUUGAUUCUGUCCAGCUAACACAAGCAACCCGCCCCCUGAGGAGACUUUACAUAGAAAAUAUACCAACAUCAACCUCUGAGAGAACAUUGAUCGACUGUCUUAAUGAUUUCUUGCUAUCCUCUGGUGUGAAUCAUAUCCAAGGAACUAAACCAUGCCUUAGUUGUAUCAUAAAUAAAGAGAAGUGUCAAGCUCUUGUCGAGUUUCUCACACCAGAGGAUGCCACAGCGGCUCUUUCUUUUGAUGGCAAGUCUCUUUCUGGAUCUGCCUUGAAAAUAAGGAGGCCCAAAGAUUAUGUUGAAACAGCAAGUGCAGCUCCAGAGAAAUCAGUAGAAGAGGUAAAAGCAAUAACUGAUGUAGUGAAGGACUCACCCCACAAGAUCUUUGUCGCUGGGAUAUCUAAAGCACUUUCGUCUGAGAUGCUCAUGGAAAUAGUUAGUGCCUUUGGGCCAUUGGGUGCAUUCCGCUUUGAGUAUAAUGAAGAACUUGAUGGACCGUGCGCAUUUUUAGAGUACAUCGAUCACUCUUCUACUUUAAAGGCUUGUGCUGGAUUAAACGGGAUGAAGCUGGGAGGAUGCAUUCUAACGGUAGUUCAAGCUCUUCCUGAUGCUCCUGAGGAGGGAAAUAACAAGGCUUCUUUAUUUUAUGGUAUCCCUAUGCAUGCCAGACCCCUUCUUGCUGAAUCAACAAAAGUCCUGCAGCUAAAAAAUGUGUUUUAUGGAGAAGAGUUUUUGCUGUUAUCAAAAACUGAGCUGGAGGAAACAUUGGAAGAUAUACGUAUAGAGUGUGCAAGGUUUGGAACAGUAAAAUCGGUUAAUGUAGUAAGGCAUAGUUGCGACAGUGCCACUGAAGCUGUCAAAAAAAAGCCAAAUAGUGAAUCUGGGAGUGAAGGCUUAAUCCUUAAUCAAAAUAAAGAUAUACUUAAACCUACUAGCACUAAAGAAAUUAAAGACGAAGUUGACAAUUCCGAAGAUGCAAGAUACAACGAUAAGAUGCUUGUUCAGAAACUUGCGAAAAAAGAACUACAUGAGAAGUCUUCAGGAGACGAACAUACUAAUUUAGCUGAGAGUAUGGAUGCUAAAACAGAAGAAACUGGAUUAGCAGUAAGCGCUGUAUCUGAAAUCCCGACAAAAGAGGAUAAAGAAGAUGGCAACACCAUAGCAGUAGAGAAUUCCAAUUCUAACCUUGCUGCAGUGGAUGAAACAGAGCAAAGGAAGGAAGAUGUUGAGGCCAUCUCUUCACGACGACCCAAAUUCAACCAGUGUGGUAUAGACGAAGUGGAUGCAGUAAAUAUAGCAGAGGGUUGUUCAAGCCAUGAACUUGACAUCUUUGAACCUGGGUCUGUUCUCGUGGAGUUCAUGCGGGAAGAGGCGACGGGCAUGGCUGCGCGCUGUUUGCAUGGGCGGCUUUACGGGGAGCGGGUUGUGUCAGUUGGUUAUGUGCCGCAUGAUGUCUAUUUGGCAAGAUUUCCGAGGUGAAUAUCGGUGUGCUGAUAUUUUUGAUGGGGUUUCUAGAGGGGGCUUAAGAGCUGUAAACUGCACGAAAUGCACUGUUCGGUGUGUGUGGUUUUGAUUCGAGCGUAGUAUUUAUGUUUGUAUCUGACUAACUAGGUAGGAUGUUUCUUUAGAACUAAACCCGCUCCACAACAACACAAAAAAGAAAAAUUCAUACUUGUUCUGUUUAAUUAUAUUAGAAUAUGUUCUCAGGCAUGGUAGUCACUGUAAUUGAUUGGGACUUUAAGUGAGAUUUUAUUGGUUAAGAGAAUAUUAGAAUGAAUCAUUGGAAUGAACGAAACAAAGAGUGUAGUUGUUAAACUCGUGUGAUUUACAUUGUAGCUUGUGCUCUUUCCAGGGUUUAUGAGCUUU